GAGAAGUAUUUCGGCAAGUCUCCUUGGGGCUUUGAGCCUGACUACUUCCACGAACUCAUCAUGUAUGACGAGAUGUCGCGCACUGGCUCUGUCGGAUUCCAAUGGGGCAUUGCAGGAGGUACCACCAUCGGACUGCCACCUGUGUACCAUCAUGGAAGUGAAGAGCUAAAGCAGCGGGUUAUGACACCAUGCGUGAAGGGAGAGAAGGUAUGCUGCUUGGCUAUCACUGAGCCAACUGCAGGAAGCGAUGUUGCCAACUUGAAGUGCACUGCCAAGCUUGAAGGUGACCAUUACAUCCUCAAUGGUGAGAAGAAGUGGAUUACCAACGGAAUCUUUGCAGAUUUCUUCACUGUGGCAUGCCGUACUGGCAAACCAGGCGUGGGCGGCAUCAGCUUGUUGUUGGUUGAGAAGGGGAUGCCUGGACUGGAGUGCCGCAAGAUGAAGUGCUCCGGCGCAUGGUCCUCAGGCACAACCUACAUUACCUUCGAUGAUGUGAAGGUGCCAAAAGGGAAUUUGCUUGGCAAGGAAGGCAAGGGUUUCCAAUACAUGAUGCAAAACUUCAAUCAUGAGCGAUUCGCAUUUUGUGCCAUGAGCACUCGCUUUGCACGUGUUUGCUUGGAAGACUCCUUGAAGUUUGCCGGCAAGCGCAAGACCUUUGGCAAGACUCUGAUCCAACACCCAGUCAUUAGAUGGAAGGUGGCUGAGAUGGCUCGCCAGAUUGAGGCAACUCACAACUGGUUGGAGUGGAUCACCUACCAACUGAAGACCAUGCCAAAGAUGGAGGCCAUGCUGAAGCUCGGAGGGCACACAGCUCUCUGCAAGGUCCAGUGCACUAAGGUCAUGGAGUACUGUGCGCGAGAAGCGGCCCAGAUCUUCGGGGGGCUGUCGUACUCCCGGGGUGGACAGGGAGAGAAGGUAGAACGUUUGAACCGUGAAGUUCGUGCCAUGGCGAUCCCUGGAGGU